AUGUGUAAAGAGAAAAGAAAAUGUUAUGUUAUGAAAUCAUUAUUCAUCUACAAGUUCCCAAAAAUUUUAGUUAUACAUCUGAAACGUUUCUCGCAAACUGUAGAGUUCAGUGAGAAACUAAACACAUUCGUCGACUUCCCCUUGAUCGGCUUGGGCAUGAGCCCCUAUGCAGCUGAAGAUAUCGUACCAUGUCCUUACAAUCUUUACGCUAUCUCAAACCACAGCGGUACCACCUACAGCGGACACUACACAGCCUAUUGCAGACAUUUAUAUUUCUUCAAUUUCGUCAGUGGGGAUGCUUACAUUCUUCUUUACCAACAAGAGGCUCACCCCAAAUACGAACAACGUGAUGGUGACUCUGUGAAGAGCUACUGCUCCUUAGCUGAUCCCGAUAUAGCACCCUUCGUACUGUCCACUAUUCCGCUGAUACCCACGACAUGUUCAACACAGUCGUGGAGAAGCAUGAAACUCCAGUUCACCUAG